GGGGAGGCUGGGCUCCCGGAGAAGGAGACGAUCGCUUGCACAAAAUCCUGCGUCUUCAAAGCAGCCCCAGCGGGCAGGGUUUCUUGAAAGGGAGUGUGCUGAUUAGGUAAGGAGAUGUCAUGGUCUUCUUCCAUCGAUGUAGGAAGAUAGCAGAUAUGAUCGCCUGAAAGAGCCCAGCUUCCCAGUGCAAGCAUGGCUUUCGCCCAGUCGCACAUUAUGGCAGCUAGAAGGCAUCAGCAUAGUAGACUCAUAAUUGAAGUGGAUGAAUACAGCUCCAACCCCACACAGGCAUUCACGUUCUACAACAUUAACCAGGGACGUUUUCAGCCCCCACAUGUGCAAAUGGUUGAUCCAGUGCCCCAUGAUGCUCCCAAACCUCCAGGAUAUACACGAUUUGUCUGUAUUUCUGAUACUCACUCAAGAACUGAUCCCAUCCAAAUGCCAUAUGGAGAUGUGUUAAUACAUGCUGGUGAUUUUACUGAGCUGGGACUUCCUAGUGAAGUGAAAAAAUUCAACGAGUGGCUAGGUAGCCUGCCCUAUGAAUACAAGAUUGUGAUAGCAGGAAAUCAUGAACUGACCUUUGACCAGGAAUUCAUGGCUGACUUAAUCAAGCAGGACUUUUACUAUUUCCCCUCUGUCUCUAAGCUGAAGCCAGAGAGCUAUGAAAAUGUACAGUCUCUUCUAACAAACUGCAUCUAUCUUCAAGACUCUGAAGUGACGGUGAGAGGAUUCAGAAUAUAUGGCUCCCCUUGGCAACCUUGGUUUUAUGGCUGGGGCUUUAAUCUUCCACGAGGCCAAGCACUAUUAGAGAAAUGGAACCUUAUUCCAGAUGGAAUAGAUAUUCUUAUAACACAUGGACCACCUCUCGGUUUUUUAGACUGGGUUCCUAAGAAAAUGCAACGGGUAGGAUGUGUUGAGCUGCUGAACACAGUCCAGAGACGAAUACAGCCAAGACUUCAUGUUUUUGGACAUAUCCAUGAAGGUUAUGGUGUCAUGGCUGAUGGAACUACCACCUAUGUGAAUGCAUCUGUGUGCACUGUGAAUUACCAGCCACUUAAUCCACCUAUAGUUAUUGACUUACCUACUCCAAGGAACACAUGAUUAUAAUGAGGAUUUAAAGUUGUACUGAACACAUUAGCAACUUUAUAUUGCUGCCUGAGAAUCCCAAUAGGGAACCAUUCAACAAAAAAGUAAAAACUUUCUUCUUUUUUCCCUGCUAGCUCUUCACAGAUAAAUUUUGAGUGACAAAAGUGGAUGAGGAACAUAGAGAUUUUGGUGCCAGAAACAAAUUAAAGACUUUAACUUAAUUUCACCAUUAAAAUAUAUGUGAACACAGAAAAAAAUGAAUGCAUUCCAUAUAUAUAUACAUAUACAUAUAUAUCUCUCUCAAGUAGGGAGUUCUGUAUAUACCGUACGUUAUAUUUGACUUAUUAAAAGAACAACGUCUUUCAAAGGAGAGUUUAAGAAAGUUUGCGGUUUAAACUUCAGUGUUUAGACUAGGAUUUCCUCAUGUCAAAUGUUUCCCAGUGAGCUCUUGGUAAAAGAAAAAUGAUGUAAAGAUGUUUUCCCUUAAUUAACAUGGCAAAUAUAAAAGAUGGUGUACGAAUGACCAGUCACAGGAGGAAAGCUAUUACUUCAAGUCCUCCAGGUCUAAGUCUUUGCAUCUAUUCAAAACCAAUGCAACAGAGGCCCUAAUUCACUGUACUGAAAUGAAGUUUUACUACAUCUGGCAUUACAGAUGGUAAGGGAAAUGGUGCAUAUUGCCGGCAUGCUGUAAACAGCUCAACAUUCAAGAAGGGAAACUGUAUUAAGUGCAGUAUAAACUCAGGAAUUUGUAGCCUGGCCUUGCCUGUGGAAAAAAAAAAAGGAUGACAUUUCCCUUAAAAAAAAAAAGAGAGAAAAAAAACCCCACAAUUGUGUUUUCAUAUGGUAAGACGAUAUGUGAUUGUAUGUAAAAAGCAAAAGAAAACCCACAAACCCCCUCCCCCAAAUCUUCAGUUGUGGUGUUUUAGAUAAAACCCACUCAGACUAUUUGUUCAAAACCUGUUAAUGGGACAUGCAGCCAAUGAUGAAAUUACUGGUUUGAAUUUGGCCCCAGUCAGAAGUGAUUAAAUGUCACUGUGAUCAUUUUGUUACUGGGGAACAUUGUGGUCAUCAAGGGGAAGGGGUCACCCCAAGGUGGAGCUUGGGUGUUCACUUUUGAGUAGCUAUGUAGUGCAGUGAGUGAUGAGCAGACACCAAUGAGUACAGAGCAGGAGUCACUUCCCAGAACCUGUCAUUGCUGUUUUCCCACUCAUGGACACUGCUGAAAGUCAACUGGGUUGAAAUCCACCUCUUGUGUUGUAUGUUACGCUGAGCAAAGCAGAGGACAUGUCAGGAGCUGGUUGGGAUGGCCAACUGCUACUGCCUGUGCACCUUUCCUGCAGGUUAACAGAGGUGUGGAAGUUGCUGGUAUUUUGGUCCCAUCCUACACUCCAAACGUGCCCAACAAGUGUGUUUCUGCCUUGAACUAACAAACAUCUCCAUGCUCAAAGAGGAGCCUUUUCACCUUGUUGGAGAUCAAUUUAGCUGCUACAUUCUGAAUGUGGACAACCUGAAUUUGGGGCUGAUGGCAUCUAGACAUCUAUCUUGUCCAGACACAUCGGGCAGAUCAUCUCACUACUGGUACAAGGCUAUUUGGGGGUCUGUGCAUAACUCCCAUCUGCACACACGCAUUUGGUAAUUGUGUAUGUUCCUUUUCGCCUGAUACAUGGAUGUCAAUGUGAGUUUCAUGUAGCAGCUGCGUGUACAUUAUAUGCACACAAAAUUUAAAAUACCUGUGUCACAAACCCAGGUUUUGUGUCAGCCUCAACUGUAAGCGCGGUGGGCAGAAACAUUGCAUUUCACUGGCUUCCUGUGGGCAGCAGCUCUUCCAACUGCUGCUCGGAGCAGCAACAUUCGAGACCCCUGUAACCAACUUGUGCUAUGGACCUACCAGAAACCAGCAGACCACUAGAAAACAUGACAAGUCACAGGUCGGUUGUUUCUCAUAAGCUGCUGGGUGACCCGAGGUCUAAACUCCUGUGCUACUUUCUCCUGAAACUAAACCCAAAACAGUCAGUGAUGCCUGCAACUGGUUUUUGAGUGAACAGUUCACAAGCACAUAAGCAGUCUGCUGUGAAUUCAGAUGAGACCACUUUUGUCAAAACGAUUGGUUGAAGAAAUUGCAGGAUCAGCUCCUAAAUCAGCAAGGACUGAAAUUCAUUGUUGAGUCUGAACUCCCGCCAUCACUGGGAAGAUGAGCAAUAGCACGUAGUUAGAAGAAAAACGUCUCGGCUAGUCACAAUUCAAGCAACAGAUGUGGCAGGAAAUUGGCUGUAUGUUAAAAGUCUGAAAUGUUUACAUUCGCUCACGGCACUUAAGAGACUAAAAUGUUAAAUUGAGGGAAGAGGUCCUUUUAUUAGCAUCAGCAAAAUUUCUAUGUUAACCAUAAACUAUUCUCUUAAAAAUAAUUUUUCCUAAGGUAUCUUCAAAAUACUGUGUAUUUUUAUGUGGAAAGGAUAUGAAAGCAGCUGUUACUUCAAAAUAUCACUUAAAAUACUUGAGGUAUGAAAGCUUAAAGAUUAUUUAAUCAUUUUGGCAUAACUUGAUUGUUGUUGUAAUUUUUGGUCAAGCAUGUUAGACAAAUAAAGUCUUAAAAAAAGAACAAUAAAAAAU